AUGAGCAAUAUAUUAAAAGAAUGGCUUAUACACCAAUUAGGCGUAGAGGUCAAUUCUCUACAUCCUAAUAACUUGAGCUCCAAGUUUCAAAAUGGAAUGCUAAUUGGGAAAAUACUUCUUAACUAUGGUCUAGUGAGUUCAAAAGAAUUUUCUCUAUUGGUCGACCAAGAAGAUGAAGAGAUAAAAAAAUCAAAUUUUCAGCACCUCGAAGUGUGGUUAAACAUGUUACAUAUUCCGUUAGAUAAAGAUACUGUUACUGGAAUAAUAUGCGGAGAAAGCUCAAUCAUUAUUGCAUUUUUGUAUAAAUUGUGUUUUUUCCUCGAAUGUCCAAAUAAUUUAAAUAUAAUUGGACAAGCCAAGAAAUUAUACAAAUCGCUCGGAGGUUAUGAUUUUUCACAUAGCUUAUUGACGCCCGGAAAAAUUGUCAAUUUUUCAUACGAGAAACCGAAAUUAAUUCAGAAACGUAUUGAUAAAAAAUCUGAUGGAGAUCAUUGUACAUUGUACAAACUUGAUAAGAUAGCGUAUUUCGAGAGUAGUUUAUCACAAAAAAUAAAUAGAUGGACUGCUAGAGGAUGCCAGUCUUGUGAUAGAUAUUUGUUUGACAUUAAAAAUCGGAAAGAACACGCAAAACUAUAUGAAUUGUGGAGAAAAGAAACCAUUAAUAAAUAUCUGACAAAAAAUUUGGAGAAAAAUAAUCGUCAUAACCAAGAAGUUUUGAGAAAUAAAUCUAUAUUGAAUAGGCUUGAUUGUAUGUCUGAAUGUGAAGAACAUUUGUUAAAUAAAGUGAAUGAUAUGAGAAUCGCUACAAAAAAACAUAAAACAUUUAUCGCUAAGAAUGAUGUGGAGUUUAUUAAAAACGAUAUAGUUCACAAAAAAUAUGAGAUAAGUGAAGAAAACAAAUUAAUCAUGAAAAAAAAGCUCAUAGAAAGAAAUAAUGAUUUGGAAAACAACGAGAAGACGAUAAUAAUGAAAAGUGUAGUCCGAUAUAUGAUUGAUCUUAGUAUCAGAAAUGCUGUUUACAAAAAAGCAUAUGGCGAUAACAUUCCUAAAUAUUUACAGAGUAAUUGGACGCACAUGUUUAUCAAAGGAAGACCGUUGUUAAACACGCUAGACGAUACAUUGGGGCUUUUAUUAGAUAACGUUUAUGUAGCCGAGAAUAAACCUUUUACUGAUGAAGAAUUAAAAACCCAGUCAUUACUUGACCAUAAAGAUGUUAUGGAAUAUUUGGAAAGAACGAACGGUUGGUCUGAAAAGCAACUAGGUUUGAAAUCUGACUCUCACACAAUAGUUUGCCGAGCACUCGGGUUCUUGGUCUACGAUGUUUUCACUUUGUAUUAUACUCUACCGCCGUCGUCGAUUUCCGUGGACGAUUUUGUAAUUGGACCGGUUUUCGGGGUUUUAAGUUGUGAAAUCAAGGACUCGUUUAAACAAGAUAUUUGCAAUGCACUUAUUAAACGGGAUAUACUUCCUGUGUUACCAAUAGCAGCUUUGCAGUAUUGCUCGAGAGCUUAUUGUCAGCUAACAGAUAAUGAUGAAUUAAUAGAUAUGUUAGAAGAUCCGGACGAUCCGGACGAACUAAAGGAUCCGGAUAAAUACAUCAUUGUUGACAAUAAAUUAGUUAAAAAAAAUUCAACGUUACUAAAUGAAGAAGAAAAGUCAAAACAAACUCAAACAAAUUGGAAAUUUGAAAAAUAUCAUGAAUUAGUUGAAAGUGGAAAAACUGCAUACCUUAAUAUUUACAGAGGCAAACCUUUACCAAAAAAUUGCCUUAUUGACUGUGUAUUAUAUUAUAUAAAAGCAAAAAAAUUGCCUGGAGGUUGUGUAUUCAUAGAAUUUUCAAAAGAAGAUAUAAUGACAUUAGAAGAAAGGUUGUCUAAUAGGAAUUCUCCACCUUUUGGGACACACAACUUUAUGAAAGACAUAAAUCCAACUAUAUUAGCUCCGUUCAAAGGCCCAGAUUUAGUUGGUAUAGGGCGAUAUGGGUCUUCAUUUACUAGAUAUUUAAAGAUUGUAUCUGAUGAAUAUGAUUUGGAUACAUUUUGUGAUUUAUAUGAGUAUUAUAAAUCUCAUAACAUAUUAAUAUUUUUACAAAGUAAAAAUAAAAAUAUAGAUUUGGAUGAAUAUAAGAUUGAAUUAAUAUGUAAUGCUUUAACUGGUCAAUAUGUGAACUGGUCUGAAGAGAGUAAUUGGGUGAAUUGUAUUUAUGAUAUCCACAAUGAUCAAGAACAAAACGAAGCACCUACAAAUUCAAGUAAAGAUAAUUCAAUACAGCCAAUAAAAGUACAAAAAAGUGUGUUUAAAAGAAAAAGAUUGCAUGGCAAAUCAGAAUUUGAAUAUUUGGAUUAUAUAUCAUCCAGUAAGGUAAACAUGAUUUCAAAUGAAUUAGUCGACUCUGUAACUGUUAUAACUAAACCCGAAGAAGUUAAAUCAAAACUGUUUAAUGUACAAAUCAAUGUUGAAAUUGGAGCGGUAUUAGCACAGUUUUGGAUAUUAAUGGAAAACAAUUUUGUUCAGAACAUGGAAUGGUGUUUCUUUCAUAGAAGAAUACUUAUUUCUAAUCAAUUGCCUUACAUGGCUUCAAUAAAUAACUACAUUAAUGAAAUACUAAAACAACAAAAUAUAGAAAAAAUAGAACUCGUUAAGGCAUUACAAUCUGAUUUGCUAAAAAUACCUAAUGAUGCACUGAUGAGCUCAGAUUUAAUUACACAAUUGCUUUCAACUGUAGCGGAUACUAGAGUUAUCUUAACAGAACUAACAAAUCAUAAAAUAAAAGAUUGUAAACAAUUUAUAAGAAAUGAAAAUAUUGAUAGGAGUCUCGAUAAUACAAUGAAUUCCAUGAUUUUAGUUUAUAAACAUAUGUUACAAACCGAGGUUGAUCGAACAGUGAACACAAUACUUUUCAUUCAUUCAUACAUGUCUAAAGUAUAUAAUAAAAAGUUAACAUUGCAAAUAAUUCCCAAUCAUAUUGGAGUUUCAUUGUUGAAAGAUCAAGAAUUCAAAGAAAAAGGGGUAGAACACAUGGCAAAUGUUGAAUAUUAUUACAAAUGGUUUGAUGCCACUGUAAUCACAGUUCAAAAUAAACUCAGAGGUACAUUAAAAUCCACAUAUGAAUGGUUAGCAGAAAUGAAGAAAGUACAUAGUGAAAAUUCAUUAGAUAGCAGUACUGUAUAUUUGAAAAUAUGGAAAUUUUUGGUAGAUAAGGAGAAUUUUAGAUCAGCCGAUCAAUUAAAGUUGAUAUUAACUAGAUUUCAAAUGGAUAUUAAGGAGAUGGAAAGUUAUAUCAUACAACACAAAUUAGAUAUGAAUCGACGAAUAGAUGAUUGUUUACAAAAAGAGAUUUCUGGAAUUGAACGUAUAUGCAACUUAUUUGAAGCUGCUAUAAAUGAGAAACAAUAUGUUCGUCAUGAAAUUAUAUUUGUCAACAAUAAUUUUUAUUUGAAUACCAAACAUGUUCUGCAACCAAGUAAUCCUCCACCACAUCCCUUUCCUUUAUUGGAACCAGAAGAUCUAUGUAUUGUAACUAUUCAUAAUCUAAAGAAAAUUACAAAUCAAUUGAUGGUAAUUUGCCCAAACAAACGUAUUUCUAUAGUUGCACUUUCCGGUUGGUUAAAAUCUUACUUAAAAAAUCAUCCUGAAAUUGAGUGGUUUAAUACAGCACAUUUUGUAUUACGCACCAUGUUUGGUUUCAAUACUAACUUUAUUGAUUGGUCUGAUUUUAUUAUACAUUGUUUGGAACUUCCUUACCCUAAUGUUGAUGAUUUGUUAUACCUUAAAAACCAAUAUUUAGAAUUGGAGAAAAAAAGACAAAACAAUUCUAAUCAAAACUACGUAGAAGGCACCGUAGAUAAAGAUGAAUUUGAUUCAGUUUUGUUGUGGUAUCAGAAAACAUUACCACCAAAUCCUUCGAUUUAUUUUCGGUUUAUAAAAAUUAAAGAGUUAUUUUUUGAAAUAUUUUCUAUUGGCGGGAAAUUAGAUUAUAUUGCAAUGUUACUAGUUCUGUGUAAAGAUAGCCAUUCGAUUAUGGGAUUAAUAAAAGCUAUCAGUUUAAUAAUUAAUCAAAAUAUUAUAAAUGACGAAUUUGAUAAUUCUAACCGUGAGAAUGAAAGGCAUUCUAUUCAUUUGCCUAUAGAGACAGUAUACAAGAUUUUAAUGAUUUGCCUUAAAAACUAUAAGGAUCCAAACAAUAGUGAUAUUGAAGAUUUGGUAACUUCGAUAUUAAAUGUAGACAGUGAUAUGCUUCGAAAUAACGGUGAUACAUAUUCCGUAUUAAAAUUACUUCAGAAUGAUAAACUUAAGUCUGUAUCUGAAAUUGGAUUCAGAUUUAAUUCAAGGCCUUUGUCCAGUAUUGUAAAUAGUCUUAAAUGA